AUGGACCCUACCACCACUAUUGAAGAAACUUUAGAACCACAAUCACAACAAGAGACACCACCUGCACCAUUAUUUACCAGCAAAGAGCACCAAGUUUUGGAAUAUUUUGAACACUUGUCUUGGCUGAAACAACAACGACGCGAAUAUGAAUACAUAAUUGAAAGACAGACGCAGCAAGAACAACAAAAAGCUGAUGAACCUUCACACUCCAAUCCUAUAAGUAGCCCUUCUACUGACAAAAAUCAAGAAGAAAAGCAAAAGGCGGAAGAAGAGCGACUAAAACAACGAAUUAACCAAUUAAAAAGAGAAUUGGCACAGGUUUCUUCUGCUGAUCUAUUCAAAGAUAAAGCAGUCGAAAGUGCUGAAGCAGGAGUUGUGAUUCUUGAAACAUUAUUUCCACAAAGAUCUUCAGCAAGCAAUAACAGCAGUAAUAAUUUGCAACCAUCUAGUAAUACACUAAACGAGUUAAUACUUGAGCGAGACCGUUUAGUGACCGAAUUCUUAAAAAUGCAUCAUGAACUGCUCGAAGCACAAUUCGAGUUAUCAAAACACGAAAAAAAAGUUAUUGCUCGACAUAUCGAAAAUCGUAAGUUAAUGUCGGAAAUAAAUAGAAUUACGGAAUCCAAUUCUGUUAGCAUUGAAAAUGGCUCAAAUCCCGAGAACAGUGAAUUUCUAGAGACAAUCCAACGGAUAAGGAAAGAUCUCGAAAACAUUCUAGGGAAACGUGAGAUCGUCAGAAAUGUUUUACAGGGAUUGAUUCUGGAAAGUCGUGUUGAAUGGACAGAAGAUGAUCACUUGAUGACAAUCAUGUUAUCGAUUGGCGAAGAAUUUUGA